GCAAACUAUCAUCAAACGAAUGAAUGGUAACAAACUUGAAGAAUUUGCUCAAGAGUAUUCUGUAAAUUGUAACCUUUGUGGAACAAUUAUUACCACUGAAUUAGAUUAUGAAUGUAUUGUUAAUUAUAAUCUUGGACAAAUACAUCCUGAAAUGGUGUCCGAAACUCUGAUUAAUGAAGUAUUUUGGGAUAUACCCAAAAAGGUACAACAAGAUGAUGAGGCACGACUUGCAGCAGUUGAAUUGUUAAAACCAAUUAAGAAUCUUCAAACACGUGAUUAG